AUGCAACAUCAGUUCAACAAUCACCACGGAGCCAAGUGGAAGCAGUUUCUGCCGGGUGACCACGUUUAUGACCAGCUCCACUCUUCAACGGACAAGUGGCAAUGGACUCCUGCUACAAUCAUCGAAAAAGUCGGAAAGGCCAACUACAACGUAUGUCUUGACUUGUCAAACAACCAGAGAGUCAUUAAAGCUCACGCAAACCAGCUAAAAACUCGUUACACCAAAAACAAGUUCAAUGACACCUUCGAAAUCCCCGAUUGGCCUGAAACAACUACUCUGACAGGCGAAGCCGACGAGCCAAUCAUCAUCCCGCAACCUCAACAGGACAUCAACAUCAAUCAACCGCCGAACCUUGAUGAAUCCAACUAUGAAGAUGCAGUUGAAGACAUCGAAGAACCAGUAGUUACCCCGGCAGUCGACCAGGAAGAAUUUCAACCCCGACGAUCGGACCGAUCGACCAAAGGAAUUCCCCCCGACCGUUACCAACCAUACUUAAGAGGGGAGGAAUGUGUAUUGUGCGAUUUAAUGUGA